AGCAGCUCAGGAAGGGGAGUGCCUGCCUUGGCCACCCCCCCUGUGCAGGGAGAACCAGAACCCUAACCGGGCAGCUCCUGGGCCCCGCCCAUGAGGGGCACCCCCUGGGUGGAACUGGAGUGGGCAGGGGGGCCGGAGGCCAGGCAGGCACAGCGCAGGGGGCAGCGGUGGUGGAGGCCUGGUCCCAUGGUCCCCAAAGCCUUUUCUGUCCUGGGCCCCGUCCUCAGGGACAGCAGGGGAGGGGCUGCACCCUUCCUGUGAGGCCACAGAUGAGGAACCCGUGACUUCUCCCCGCUCAUCUCCAGCCGGACUCUGGGCCUGCGCCCCUCACAGCUGCUCUGCUCCACAGGGACCAUGGGCGCCGGGGCGCAGACCCCGGCCCUCACUGCCCUCCUCUGCCUGGGGCUGUGCCGGGUGCCAGGGGAUAAGGCACAGGCGGGGACCCUCCCCAAGCCCUCCAUCUGGGCCGACCCAGGCCCCCUGGUCGCCGUGGGGAGCCCUGUGACCCUCUGGUGCCAGGGGUCUCUGCAGGCUGAGGUGUAUCGUGUGUAUAAAGAGGGCAGCCCUCAGCCCUGGGAAGUGCGGGCCCAGCAGGACUCCAGACACAAGGCUGACUUCCCCAUCACCAUGUCCAUGAGCUCCUACCACACAGGGCAGUACUGGUGUGUGUAUCAGACCCCGCUCGGCCUCUCCCAGCCCAGUGAGCCCCUGACCCUGGUGCUGACAGGGAUGUUCCCGGCACCCUCCCUGUCAGCCCAGCCAAGCCCCGUGGUGGCGUCAGGAGGGAACGUGUCCCUCUCCUGUGGCUCACAUAGGGUGGGCACUGCCCAUCUGCUGAAGGAGGGUGGAGCUGGCCCCCUGCAUAGCCCAGAAGCCAGGUUCUCCCGUGGGGCUGGGGUGUGGCAGGCCACCUUCCUCCUGGGCCCCGUGGACAGCACCCACGGGGGCAUUUACAGGUGCUACCGCGCUGACACCAACUACCCCCACGUGUGGUCCCUGCCCAGUGAUUCCCUGGAGCUCCAGGUCACAGGGCUGCACAGGGAGCCCUCCCUCUCGGCCCUGCCGGCCUCACUGCUGCUCCUGGGACAGACCCUGACCCUGCGGUGUCACUGUGAGCCCAGCUGUGACAGAUACGCGCUGACCAGGCCCGAGGGGGACACGUCCCCCCAGCACCUUGCCGGGCAGCCCAGCCCCGACUUCCUCCUGGGCCCCGUGAGCGGCUCCCACGGGGGCCGGUACAGGUGCUACGGUGGACGCCAGGGCCCCUACGCAUGGUCGGCCCCCAGCAACCCCCUGGACGUGCUGGUUGCAGGAAUGUACAGGAAACCCUCCCUGCAGGCCCAGCCGGGGCCCUCAGUGCCCUGGGGAGCAAUGGUGGCCCUGCGCUGUGGCUCCCAGGAGGCGAUGGACACCUUUCUCCUGCACAGGGAGGGCUCGGGCGCCCCUCCCCAGCAUCUGCGUGUCCCAGGCCAGGAAAUAGCUGCUCAGUCCAUGUUCACGCUGGGGCCUGUGACCUCAGCCCACAGAGGGACCUACAGGUGCUAUGGUGCCCACAGCACCAACCCCUACCUGUGGUCAUGGCCCAGUGACCCCCUGCAGGUCGAGGUGUCAGGAGGACCGGAGCCCAGCAGCCCCUCGCACCCCCAGUCAGGCUCCCCCACUGCCCCAGCGCCCGAGGACCACACCCUGGAGAACCUCAUCCGCAUAGGCGUGGCGGGCUUGGUCCUGCUGGGCAUUGGGCUUCUGCUGGCAGAUGCUUGGUACAGCCACAAGAGGACCCGGGCUGCAGGCCAGCAGUGACCUGGAGAGAGGACAGCCUGGGUCAGAGGCUGCUCCCUGGGGGCGGGGAGGGGGGAGUCGGGUGCACAGUGGGGAACCGUCCCCCACGGUGUGGGUGCUGGGAUCUGUCUGGGGGCAUCAGGGGCUCUCUAUUCAGCUGUGGACUUCUGCCCUGUGGCUGUGCCCUGUCCCGCCUGGCUCUCCGGUGGGACUGCGCCACCUGCAGGCCGCAUGUGGACCCGCACCCACUUCCGCUUUGCCCCGCCCUCAGGGAGCCUUUUGCUCUGUUUCUGGUGAAUGCAGUUCCCAGUGCGCAUGCGUGAGAAUCCGCGUUUCCAGCCAAGAACACGGAGCUUUCGCCAAGUAACAGAAUAAACGAGCGAAAUCGGAUUUCAGGGUGGGCGAGGUCCAUCCCACACGGGACGCUCACGGCCUCUCAGGCCCCGAGUCCUUCCCUGGGCUUGGGACGCCUUGCGUGUGGGGGCUCAGAAGGGUCACACGGGAACCGGUGCCCGGGAGACUGACGGGCGGGUGUCUGGGCACUGCUUAGCGGCCGCUCUGAAACAAGCAGCUUUCUGUGGGGGUGCCGCUAGCCGUCAUACGGCCACCCUCCAGGAGCCCCGUGAGGUCUGUGAUGCGGGCUGGGAAGAGACGCCCCCAGCUGCCUGCCGGGUGCCGGGGGCUCCUCCGUCAGGGCCCCGCUGUGCACCUCGGGUUCCUGCCGCGUGAAGGCAGUGCUACUUCCUAGUCAGGGUGACGGCACCAAGUACAAGGAGUCCUCCCCUGCUUGGAUGGAUAAAGUCGGCUCCGUCGGCCCACCUGCACCAGGUGUGUCUGCCUCCCAACCGUCCUGGGGCACGUGGCACACUGCCCUCGGUCUCUGCACAGAGCUCAGUCGGGCUCGGUGCUAAGGGGCUAACAGAGAAGCACGUGGAUAAGGGGAGCCAGCGUGAGGUGGGCGCCUCCCCUGGGUCGGGGUCAGCUGAAAACAGAGGGCUUCAAGACGCGGAGUCCCUGUUCAGGGCUGGCGGCUUGAAUGACUCAAUCCAGGCUGCUUGCAUUGCCUCCUGGCCUCCCGCAGCCCGGGCUGAAUCCUGCUCCUGGAACUGUGCCGUCCCCACGCCCCACCCUCUGUCCUGUCCCAAAGCGCGAAUCACACUUGUGCAGGCCCUGUGUUAGUGGUUCUGACUGUGCCAGGACUGGGCGCUCCCCCCUUGCGGAGUAGAAAGCUCAGAGUCUGGACUGAGAUGUCCCCAGCUUCCAGCCCGGGCUUGCGUGGUCUCAGCUGUGGUACUGAGCGAGUGGUGUGGGUUCUCCAAGCACGAGCCCCGCCCUCUGAGAGUGCAGAGCAGAGUCGGGCAUGGGGAGGGAUUCCCGGGGAAGCAGAACUCCAAACUCCAUGGAGGCCAAGCAGUGCCUUAGGGACGAGGAGGGACUGGGAGCAGCUUAGUGAGUGUGGGGCAUUUGGGGGGAUGACAAUGGAGCUAGAAGAGUUCAUGUGGGGCCGGCACUGUGGCAGUGCAGGUUCAAUCCCAGCCUGCAGGGCUGCCAUCCCAUAGGGGCCAGGGUUGGAGUCCCAGCUGCUCCACAUCCGCUCCCGCUCCCUGCUAAUGCACCUGGGAGAGCAGCAGAAGGUGGUCCAAGUCCCUGGUCCCUGCACCCGCAGGGGGGAUGGGGAGAAGAUCCUGGUUCCUGGCCCCAGAUAGCCCUGGCUCUGCACUUUGUGGCCACUUGGGGAGUGAACCAGCAGAUGGAAGACCUGUCUCUCUCUCUCUCUCUCUCUCUCUCUCUCUCUCUCUCUCUUCUCUAUCUAGCUCCGUAACUCUUUCAAAUAAAUAAAAUAUAUUUUUAAAGAGUUAAUGGUGUACAACAUUGUUAAUGUAGUAAGUCAGCACAGUAUACACUUUAAAGGGCUGGUUUAAUGUUAUUUGAAUUUCGGCACACUAAAGAAGGAAAACAUUGUUUCUCAUAAGUGCCUGACAGUCCAACAGUUCCCCUCCUGCACAUAUAACCACAGGGAUUGAAGCAGCAACCCAAGCAGGUGUUUGCAUCCACGGGUUCAUAGCAGCCUCAUUCACAUGAGCCCAAAGAUGCCAGCAACCAGAAGAAGCACAACAGGUGAGUGGUCCACAACAGGCGGUGUUUGUAGACACGGCUGACACUCUCCUGUUAGAAAAGAAGGAGGGUCUGGAUAAUCGUGGAGAAAUCAGCCGGUGUCACAAAGAGACCAUGGUCUGAUUCUGCUCUGAGAGGUGCCCGGGGGUGCAGAUUCAGAGGGCAGAAUGUGGACUCGGGUGUGGGGAGGGAGCGUGCAGGUGCCUGCUGAGUGGGUCUGGGGUUUCUGUCUCUGCUAAUGAAGAUGUUUGUGACAGGUGCUGGUGGGUACACGACACAGUGAAUGUGAGAGGCAGCUACAGCAGUGAGUUAAAUUUCUGUUAGGUCUGUAAUCUGUGCUCUGUGAAUUUCAGCUCAACAAAGGAGGAAGACACAAACACUAAAAACAUAUUUGUCACCUAUUUUUCCCUUUAAAUGAACACAUAAUGAUUUGGGAGGUGCAGCAUGGGAUUUGAGGGUGUGCUGAUCACACCAGGGCGUUCCCAUCUCGUCAUGUCUUGUGUUUGGGCCCAGCUCCUCUCCUCGAGUUCUUUGUAGAAACACUCAACAGGUUAUGUGAGCCAUGGGUGCCUCCUGUGCUGUGCAGACAGAGCCGUUCCUCUAUCUGACUCCACCUUGGGACCCGGGGACCAACCCUCCCUCAUCUCUCCCCCCAGACCCUUUUCAGCGAAAGUGAUCACCAUCCUACUCUGCUACUAUGAGACCAACUUUUCCUACUUCCGCGUAGAAGGGAGAACUUACACUGGAUUCCUGGGAAGGCGUAUUUCACUUAAUGUUCUCCAGUCCCGGCCAUUUCUCCACAAAUGACUGGGUUUCAUUAACACUUUUUGAGAACAGAAUUAUAGGGUGGGAGUUGGUACAGCAGUUAAGUCCCUGAUUGGAUGCCUGAAUCCCACAGCUAAGUGCCUGGGUUAGGUCCAGAUCUGCCUCUGAGGUGGCUUCCAUUACUGCACACCUAGGAGACCGGCAGUGGCUCAGUGCUUGGUUCCUGCCCCAGGAGGGAGAUUGGCUGCAGCUCCAGGCUCCUGACUGCGUAGCGCAGCCCUGGCUAUUGCCAGCAUUUGGGGGGUGAACCAGCAAACAAAAGAUCUCUCCCUCUCUCUUCCCCUAUCAAAUAAAAUUAUAAGUAUUUCAAAAGAAAA